CCUUCUCCGCCCCUGGGGGUGAGCACCACCAGCAUCGCAGGGCCUGACUGGCGGGGGCCAGGGGCUGGGGACCUUGGGCCGCGCACGGCGAAACCAGUCUCCUGUUGAGUCGCCCAACUCCGUCUGCCUGGCGGGGGUGGAUGCCUCGGCGCCGUAGGUCAGAAGUUUCUCUGGAAACGCGCGGGCCCCACGAGAUGGAUGUGUGGCUGUGGAUUAUUGCCCGAGAGUCUUUUCCUUCGGUCCUCGCUUUUACCUAUAAACACUGGGGUUAAUUUGAAACUGUCAGCAGAUCAUACAUGUUAUAAAGGUAGAACUUAAUUGAAAUUACUGGUGUUGUAGAGGGGACUGUUAAGGAUGAAAAUUGUGCAUUUCACUCCUCAGAAAUGCUUCAGAAUAGCCCACAUUGUGACUUAACACACAUUUGCUAAGAGCAUUAUUACUGUGUAGGGCACAGGGAAAGAGCUGUACCCUAGAACCAAGUUGUUGGGUUUAAAUCCAAGGCCUGCCCUUUGUUAGCUGAGCAACCCUGGGCAAGUUACUUUACCUGCAUCUGUUUCUUCAUCUUUAAAAAGGGUUGUUGGGGCGCCUGGGUGGCUCAGUCGGUUGAGCGUCCGACUUUGGCUCAGGUCAUGAUCUCAUAGUUCAUGAGUUCCAGUCCCGCGUGGGGCUCUGUGCUGACAGCUCGGAGCCUGGAGCCUGCUUCGCAUUCUGUGUCUCCCUCUCUGUCUACCCCUGCCCCACUCGUGCUCUGUCUCUCUGUCUCUGUCUCUCAAAAAUAAACAUUAAAAAAAAAAAUUAAAAUGGGUGGUUGUGAUAACUUAAUAAAUUUUCUGAAUACUCUGUAAGUAGUUUAUGGUAUUAGCCCAAUUUAGUCUUCACAGUCACCCAGGAUGUAGGGUCCCGGUUUUCCUGACACUCCCCACUGAGGCUCAGAAAGGUGACAUGACUUCCUUAAGUCACAGCACAACUAAUGACCAGGAGUUAAGCCCAUACAGAUCACAGUUUUAGCCACCACAUUAGGAUGCCUCACCAACUUGGUUUGUUCAUUUAGUUUCAGUUAACAAAUACUGAUUUUGUUCCCCUGUGGACCAAGUUCUUUGCUGGGUGCGAGAGACAGAGCAGAACGGCACACAGACCUUGCCCUCCCAGUGCUUGCAGAGAGUCUGUGGCUCUCACCAGGUUCUCCAGUGCUGUUUGUGAUCCCAAGUUUAUUGCAGGGACAUGACAAGAUCAUAUUUUGAGAAGUUGGAGAGAAGCUCAAGUGAUUAACUGAAGCCCUGGAUGAAAACAGGAUCUCUAAAGAGAAACUGUAAGGUGCAAUAAGUACCUUCUGAGUCCCAGGACGGUGGCAAUUAGCCAAUGGUUGCAGGCAUGUUGUGGAAGUUGCUGAUAAGAUCCCAGCCCUGCAGGCUGUGUUCUUUCAGAAAGAUGCUAUCGGCUCCAAAAUACAGACCCUUUCUAGCGUGCUUCACCUAUACAAAUGAUCAUCAGUCAAACAAAGAAAAUAAAAGAACAGUGGAAAAGCUCUAUAAAUUUUCAGUCGACAUCAGGAAAAUUCGCAGACUAAAAGGAUGGGUACUUUUUGAGGAUGAAACCUAUGUUGAAGAAAUCGCAAAUGUUUUACAACAACUAGGUGCUAAUGAAACCGCUGUAGCCAGUAUUUUGGAACGCUGCCCAGAAGCUAUUGUCUGCAGUCCAACGGCUGUUAACACCCAGAGAGAACUCUGGCAGUUGGUCUGCAAAAACGAGCAAGAGUUAGUCAAGUUAAUAGAACAGUUUCCAGAAUCUUUCUUUACUGUUACAGACCAGGAAACUCAGAAGCUGAACAUUCAGUUCUUUCAAGAGUUGGGACUCAAAAAUGUGGUCAUUAGCAGGUUUUUGACAACUGCAUCUAAUAUUUUUCAUAAUCCUAUUGAGAAAAAUAAGCAAAUGAUAAGUAUUCUCCAAGAGAGUUACCUAAAUUUAGGUGGCUCCGAGGCCAACGUGAAAGUUUGGUUACUGAAAUUAUUAAGCCAAAACCCAUUUAUUUUGCUGAAUUCUUCUGCAGCUAUAAAGGAAACACUAGAAUUUCUCCAGGAGCAAGGUUUCACAAACUUUGAUAUUCUCCAGCUUCUCUCCAAACUCAAAGGAUUUCUUUUUCACCUUUGCCCCAGAAGUAUACAGAACAGCAUUUCCUUCUCUAAAAAUGUUUUUAAAUGCACAGAUCAUGACCUGAAGCAAUUAGUUUUGAAAUGUCCUGCCAUUUUAUAUUAUUCUGUUCCAGUUUUGGAAGAGAGAAUUCAGGGAUUAUUGAAAGAAGGAAUUUCCAUAGCUCAGAUAAAAGAGACGCCAAUGGUUCUUGAAUUAACACCGCAGAUAGUACAGUACAGGAUAAAGAAACUGAAUUCCCUAGGCUAUAGAAUAAAGGAUGGACAUCUGGUAAAUCUAAGUGGAACAAAAAAAGAAUUUGAGGCUAACUUCGGCAAAAUUCAGGCCAAAAAAGGAAGGCCAUUGUUUAACCCUGUGGCACCAUUAAACAUUGAAGAGUAACUUGCAGACUGCUGCUGCUUUCUAGCAUUGCAGAGUGAAGCUGAGUAGCAGGGACUGGAGUCAGUUUGUAGGCACUAGUAAUUUUAAGAAACUGCUUAGCUUCUGAGUUGUCUUAAGUUACACCUGAGUAGAUAAUCUCUGACUCCCUUGCUAUAUUUUAAGAUAUAAACUGCAUUUAUUUUAAAUAAAGUUGGUAAUUUUGACUUUGA